AUGGGGUGCAUGAGCUCAAAGGUUGACCCAGAAGACAAGGAAGCUUCCAGGGUCAACGCAAACAUCGAAAAGCAGAUCCGUACUGAUAAGAAAACCCUCGACCGCACCGUGAAGAUCCUCUUACUCGGUGCGGGAGAAUCUGGCAAGUCUACUAUUAUCAAGCAGAUGCGCAUCAUCCAUUCCGGCGGAUUCCCGGAAGAUGAACGACGACAAAAUCGCGCUGUCAUAUAUUCCAAUCUUAUUGUCGCAUUCAAGGUUCUGAUGGACAUAAUGCAAAACCAAAAGAUUGAUUUCGAAAAAGAAGAUAACAAGCCCCUCGGUCAGUUGCUUUUCAAAACUGAAUCGGACGUCGACACGGACGAAGCAUUUUCCGACACCAAUAUUCGCGAUGCUAUGAAGCAGUUGUGGAGUGAUGCGGGCGUCCAGCAAGCAGUCUCUCGUGGGCACGAAUUCGCUCUCCAUGACAAUCUGCAUUACUUUUUCAAUUCCCUGGACCGCCUUUUCACACCCGGUUGGUUACCAGACAACCAAGACAUGCUACAUUCUCGUCUACGAACCACCGGUAUCACCGAGACCCUCUUUGAAUUAGGCCAGUUGAACUUCCGCAUGAUGGACGUCGGGGGCCAGCGAUCAGAACGCAAGAAAUGGAUCCAUUGCUUCGAAGGCGUCCAGUGUUUGCUAUUUAUGGUUGCACUGUCUGGCUAUGACCAGAGUCUUCUUGAGGACCAGAAUGCUAACCAAAUGCACGAAGCCAUGAUGCUCUUUGAAUCUUUGGCAAAUGGCGAGUGGUUCAAGAGAAAGCCCAUCAUUCUCUUCCUCAAUAAAAUGGAUCUUUUCAAAAACAAACUCGCCCUCUCUCCGGUCGACAAACACUUCCCGGACUACAGUGGCUCGUCGACAGACUUCGACGCUGCGGCCAAAUACUUUUCCGAUCGAUUCCGCAGCAUUAAUCGCAUGCCAGAGCGUGAGAUUUAUAUCCACCAAACUAAUGCCACAGACACGACACUUUUGAAAGCCACCAUGGACUCAGUGCAAGAUAUGAUCAUUCAAAAGAAUCUCCACACUUUGAUCUUAUGA